UUCCCUUCUGGAGCGGACAUUUUGUUUGCUUUGGGAUUAACCCGCCAGGUCAGACUUCAGAUCACAGUGUCAGGCCUGAGUGACAGGAGAGAGCAAACGCGAGAGGGGGCGUUGUCUUCUAAACACAGGCGGGCCCACUGGCCGUUAAUGACCCCUUCCCAUCAGCGCGCCUUCCCCGUCCGCAGGUUCCGGUGGCGGCGGCGACUCUGAAAGACCUGGCGCAGGUUCGGAAGAACUCGGAAGUAAUUAUGGGCCCCGCACAGGGGCAGGUGAACUUUGAGGACGUGGCUGUAUACUUCUCCCCGGAGGAGUGGGGGCUCCUUGAUGAGGCUCAGAGGCUCCUGUACCGUGAUGUGAUGCUGGAGAACUUGGCCCUUAUGGCCUCUUUGGGAUAUGAAACUUCCAUGUCCCAUGGAUUUGCUUCACUGGAGCUGGGCAGCAAGCCCUGGGGAUCUGACUGGGCAGUUGUUACUCCAGCCAGGACCAGAGACACUCAGGGUUGUUGGCAUGGAACAGAGGGUGAGGAGAUAGCUUUUAAGCAGAACAUUUCUGUGGGAAUGUCACAGGUCAAGACUCCCAAGACAGGUCCUGCUACCCAGAAGGCCCACCCCUGUGAGACCUGUGGCCUGGUCUUGAAAGACAUUUUGUACUUGGCUGAGCACCAGAGAGCACACCCUGGUCAGAAAUCAUACAUGUGUGGGGCAUGUGGGAAACAAUUCUGGUUCAAUGCAAACCUUCACUACCAGAAGCAGCACAGUGGAGAGGAACCCUUCAGAGGAGUUAAGGGCAGCACCUUACUUGUGAACAGCUGCCCUGUCAAACCAUUGGAGAUGCCUUUUAUGCCAGGGAAAGGUUAUAAGGACUUGCCAACUAGCUCAAACAUUUUCCAGCACCAUCCCUCUCAUAGUAAGUGGAAGCCAAACAGUAAUGCCAAAUGUGUGGAUACCUUUCACAGUGGACAGAGGCAUUAUGAGUGCAGCGAAUGUGGGAAAACCUUCAGCCGCAAAGACUCACUUGUCCAGCAUCAGAGAGUCCACACUGGAGAAAGGCCUUAUGAGUGCAGCGAAUGUGGGAAAACCUUCAGCCGCAAACCUAUACUUGCUCAGCACCAGAGAAUCCACACUGGAGAAAUGCCAUAUGAAUGUGGCAUAUGUGGGAAAGUUUUCAAUCAUAGUUCCAACCUUAUUGUACACCAGAGAGUCCACACUGGAGCAAGGCCUUACAAGUGCAGUGAAUGUGGGAAAGCCUAUAGCCACAAAUCCACACUUGUUCAGCAUGAGAGUAUCCACACUGGAGAAAGGCCUUAUGAAUGCAGUGAAUGUGGGAAAUACUUUGGUCACAAAUACAGACUCAUUAAACACUGGAGUGUUCAUACUGGGGCAAGGCCUUAUGAGUGCAUUGCAUGUGGGAAGUUCUUUAGCCAGAGUUCUGACCUUAUUGCACACCAGAGAGUUCACAAUGGUGAAAAGCCUUAUGUGUGCAACGACUGUGGAAAAGCCUUUAGCCACAAACAUGUACUUGUUCAGCAUCAUAGAAUUCACACUGGAGAAAGGCCAUAUAAGUGCAGUGAGUGUGGGAAGGCCUUCAGGCAAAGAGCUUCUCUCAUCCGGCAUUGGAAAGUUCACACUGGAGGAAGGCCUUAGGAUGGCCGGGAAUAUACCAUAUUUCCUUGUUCAACAUAGUGACUGACAGAGAGAAGCUGUGAGAUUAGCCUUUGUGAGUAGCCAUCAAACCAGAAGUUGAACCUCCUGCAUUUAAACAUCCACUCUGUUGAGACUCCUGAAUGCCAGCUAUGUGGGAAUCUUUCUGGUGCAGUGUUGCACUUUGUAACCUCACCAGGAGCCUUGCCAGAAUUCUGUCACUGCCAGUGUCUCUGAAAAAACAAACAAACAAAAAAAAAAACAAAAAAAAAAAAAACAAGCUAUGUAUGGAAUGGCAGAGUCCCACAUUGUGCAUAAGUCAUCCCAACAUGUUCUAAUAGCCAGACCUCUGCUUCUCCUCCCUUCCCUAGAGGGAAUCAUCAGUACCUAGAGCCCAUUAAAAAUCCUCACUCCUUCCUGCCUUCUCCUCCAACUGGUUUAAGCAUGGACAUGACCCAGUUUUGGUUAGAAGGUUGCAAUUUUUUUUCUUUCUGCUGGUUACUUAUAGAGAAGAUUUCCAUUUUUCAUGGACUUUGUUGGUCUCAUUUUGCGCUCAUGAUGGAUUCGUCCAGCCUCCAAGUCCCCUACCUUGGAAAUUGCCAUAUCAUCUUUUUCUGUUUUUGCAACAAAUGCCUUAGUUUUAAACUACCUUUAGUUUGGAGGAUUCUGUUCGCUCUGUGGGUUGUAUUGAGAACAGAGUUGGGUGCUGCCAGCAUGAAGAAAGAGACAACUUUUGUGAGAGUUCAAAUGUUUCUCUGUGGUAUUAGCAGAAUGGCAAGGAACAACUCUCAUUUUAGUCUAACUUGCAUUACUGCUCAAGGACUCCUAUGAAUUAGGCCCAGAUUGCCGGGCCUAAUCUUUUGGCCUGUAUGCCAAGGUUUUUUGUGUGAUCAAGGUCACCCUGAGCAGUGGGCAGUUGUGACAACCUCUGGUGUAUCUGGGAGUGGUAUGAAUUGGUUCCCUUGUUCCAGAGGGAUGUUUCAUAUUCCCAUAUUCUCUUGAUGGGAACUUGACACACACAUCCUGCCCCCAGGACUUGCCAAUGCCCCUGAAAUCUAUUAUUUAGUAGGCAGACAUCACUGUCCCCUAAAAAGAUAGUUAGGAAUCAUAAUAGGCACAGAGAUACUGAUGAAUUGGGAGUUGGGAACAUACUGUAGAGAAUGUGACUUUUAUAAAGGUAAAUGCACAUAUGUUUCUAUCACUAUGGCUUUGGUAUGCAGGUUUACAGAAAUUCUCAGGAUUCCCGUAUUUGUGUCUCUUUUAUGGCUACAGUCACUGUCCUAGCAAUUUAAACAUUUUCUGCAAUAAACUGCACAUAUUUAUAGUAUACAGUUUGAUAAGUUUUGAUACAUGUUUGUAUCUGUGAAGCCAAGUUUUCUGAAUUGCCUUAUAAUCCCUCCUCCCCUUACCUAUUCCCAGGCAGCCACUCAUCUUGCUUUUUAACUAGAUUUUUGUUGCAUUUCCCAGUAUUUUAUGUAUAUGGAAGGAUUUAUGUACACAAGUAACACUUUAAUAUAUACUGUUACAUAUCUGGUUUUAACUGCAUAAUUGCCUUGUGAUUCAUCAGUUUUACAUGCAUCAGUAGUUCAUUCCUUUGCAUUCAUACUUUUGCUGAAAGUUCCAUUUUAGAGAAAGAGUUCUUUUUUUUUUUUUUUAAUGAUAGUCACACACACACAGAGAGAGAGAGAGAGAGGCAGAGACAUAGACAGAGGGAGAGGCAGGCUCCAUGCACCGGGAGCCCGACGUGGGAUUUGAUCCCGGGUCUCCAGGAUUGCGCCCUGGGCCAAAGGCAGGCACCAAACCGCUGCGCCACCCAGGGAUCCCUAGAGAAAGAGUUCUAAAUCAAGUGAUCCAAUAGAGAGCUCACAAAAAAACAAAGCCACGGUGUCUGUUAAAAACUUUUCCUGGAAGUGAUGUGUUAACAUUCCUGACUUAUCCUGUGAGUAGUACAGACUAAUCCCAGUAUAAAGUGGAAGAGGACUCCACAACUGACAAUACAAGAAGGUAGGGAUUUAUUUAUUUAUUUAUUUUUAGAAGGUAGGGAUUUCUAAGAGAAUCUUGGAUAGUGGUUACCACAAUCAUAGGGUUUUUUUUUUUCUUUACAUUUUUGGUCUUUUAAUGAAUGACAUUGACUAGUUUUAAAAUGUUAACCUUACAUUUCUAAGGUGAGCCCUAUUUGGUCAUCUUGAA